GAGAGACUGGGUUUACGAUCAAGAAACAAGAUGGAUGACGAUCGUCGACAACGAGGAAUCCCUAAAUUGAGGGAUAUUUUACGCCGUCAGAGACGAGAAUCAGAGGGACAAAUUGACACCCCAGACAUCGAAUUUGAUUAUGGUGACUCCGAUAAACUAAGCGCUGAAAUAUCCGAAUUGUACAGCUAUACUGAGGAGUGUGAAUUCCAGAUUAACAGAGAUACAUUUGAGUUUGACUAUUAUCAAACAGUUGCUGAGAAAUGGGUGGACAGCAGUACAAAGGUACAGCAGUCUUACGUGUGUAAAAUACUGGACCGAGUAGAGUCAGCUGACCUCGAUACAAGAACAAACUCUGCCAGAAUUCUUCUGUAUCUUGUCCAAGGAAACUUUGCUGAAGUAACAACUGAAGAAGACCAGAUUUCAUGGUCAAACAAGAAUGUUGUUAUGAUUUACCAAUUGGAGGGCUUUAAUAUCAUUACACAACUUCUACAGAUGGAGGCUGACAACACACAAGCUGCUGAUAUGGCACUUCAUAAACCAUCCAUAUCCAUGGCAGACAGCUGUAAUCUAAGGAUAUAUAUCAAUAUUCUGUACACCAUGAUAGAGAGGAUGCGUGUACCUCACAAUACAGACACAGAAGAGAUACAGGAGAUCAAGAAUACCUUCAAGCAAGAACUAAAUCAACCCAUCAUUGACAAAGAUCCUUUGGCUGUAAUCCUCUUUGAGAUGGUCCUCAAGUUUUGUGCUGGAAAUAACCCUCACUUUCCCAUUAAAAAAGUCCUGUUGAUUUUGUGGAAAACUGUCCUGACCUCUCUUGGUGGUCUUGAACACUUAGAAUCUCUCAAAAGACAAAAAAGGAUUGACUGUGGUUUGCCUCCAUCCUAUAAUGAACAGUGUCCACCAAUGCCAGUUCUUCCAGCACAGCAGAGAGUUAUUAUUCCACAAACUCCUCCACCUGUAUUGAUUGACAAUGAGAGCAGUGAUAGUAGUGAAGGUUCUAAAGAAGACAAGUUUAAAGAGGAUGUCUGGCCUAGACCUACGCCUAAAGUGAGAUUGAUGGAUGUUGACAAUUUUCUUGACAACACACGUUCAAAGUUUGUGGGAUUCCAACUUCACAGUGAUCGAUCCACCAUUGCUGGUUUGCCGCAACCGAUCCACGAAGGACUGCAUGUUCUUAAAAAGCAUCUUUACACAUCAUUAUCAGAAAUGCAAAUCAAAGAAGAAGAAGAGUUGGAAGACCGUCCUUUUACGAAGAGCAAAAAGAAGUUACCUAGUAACCCAACGGAACAGCUUUACCAAGCCAUGUUACCCAACCUCCCUCAAUAUAUGAUCGCUUUAUUGAAGAUACUUCUAGCGGCAGCUCCCACCGCAAAGGCAAAAACCGAAUCGAUUAAUAUCCUAGCCGACGUCUUGCCCGAAGAUAUGCCCUCCACAGUCCUUCACUCAAUGAGACUUGGCAUCGACGUCAAUCGGCACAAGGAGAUUAUUGUGAAGGCGAUCUCUGGUCUUCUUUUCAUCCUUCUCAAACACUUAAAACUUAACCACAUUUAUCAGUUUGAAUUCAUGGCUCAACAUCUUGUGUUCGCCAAUUGCAUUCCUCUGAUACUCAAGAUCCUUAAUCAGAACAUCCUUGCCUUUAUCACUGCUAAAAACACUAUUCCUCAGCUGGAUUUUCCUGUUUCUGUUCUGGGUCCACCUUCGGAGCUAACUGCUGAAAGUUUGGAAAGCGCAGACAUGGAAAGUUGUUGCUGGCGGAAUUUGUUCUCUUGUAUAAAUUUAGUUCGAAUUCUACAAAAGCUGACAAAAUGGAAGCAUUCCAGGACAAUGAUGUUGGUUGUGUUCAAGUCUGCGCCGAUUCUUAAGAGAGCUUUGAAAGCAAAGCAUGACAUGUUGCAACUAUACGUCCUAAAGCUACUCAAAGCACAAACCAAGUAUUUGGGUCGGAAUUGGAGGAAGAGCAACAUGAAGACGAUUUCAGCCAUUUAUCAGAAAGUACGACAUCGACUUAACGAUGAUUGGGCCUUCGGAAACGAUGUUGAUGCUAGACCAUGGGAUUUCCAAGCUGAAGAAUGCUCCUUAAGAGCUGCAGUGGACAGGUUUAACAACCGCCAUUAUGUACCAGAGUCUUUGGAAAUCACAACAGAAGAUGAUGAAUUCAAACCUGUCAACAACGAUACUCUAAGUGUAUUGGGCAAGAAAGUAGAACUUGGGGAUGAAUUUAAGAAUAAUUAUGAACGAUGGUUAGAAAGAGAAGUGUUUACUGUGGAUAUAGACUGGGAUCAGUUAUGUACUUGCAAGAAAUCAUGACAUAGAGGUGAAUGAAGAUCAUGGAACAAGUACAGAGAAAAGGAAGUUGCACAAAGUCGUUAUUUGUGGUGUACAUACAUUGUCCUUAGUGAAGGCCUGACGAAACAAAUUAUUGGUAUUCUUGGUAACCUAUAUAGGGAUUAUCUCUCUCUACUGGGAUGGUAUGCGGAGGGGAGUGCCAUCUACUUCUGUAAGAGGCAUCAUUGUCCAAACCCCAACAACUGCAAUAUCCAUGCCUUUCGCAUGAUUGACAGGAUCUGCAGUUGAAGUCACCAUCGAUAUAGUUUUGAAUAUAAAACUUGUAAAUAAACCUUGCUUAGGAAUCAUGGUAAAUCAAUAAAUAAACAUGUUUAAUUACUUCA